CAAAGGUCAAACCUGUGAACCUAUCCCUUCGAAACCUCUCUCUCCUGUGAGGUUUCUAGUGUCUUUCAGUUAACAUAGAAGAUUCAUCCAAACCCUAAUAGCAGAGGAAAACCAUGGCGACAAAGCUUUUGGUUUCAAAAAUCCGCGAAACAUGUUACAGAAUCUCACCAUCAAUUCAUCACCUCCGGAGUUUCUCCAUGGCAGCCACCGCUGCGGCUCCACCACCUCUGCAAGAAGAAGAAUCAGAAGGAAUUUCAAUGAAAGGAGUAAAAAUUUCAGGUAGACCACUUUAUUUGGAUGUACAAGCAACAACACCAGUUGAUCCUAGAGUGUUAGAUGCUAUGCUUCCAUAUUAUAUCUCGCGUUAUGGUAAUCCUCAUUCUAGAACUCAUCUGUAUGGUUGGGAAUCUGAUCUUGCUGUUGAAAAAGCUCGAUCUCAAGUUGCUUCAUUAAUUAAAGCUUCACCUAAAGAAAUUGUUUUCACUUCUGGUGCUACUGAAAGUAAUAAUAUCUCAGUUAAAGGUUUAAUGCAUUUUUAUAAAGAUAAGAAACGUCAUGUUAUUACUACUCAAACUGAACAUAAGUGUGUUCUUGAUUCAUGUCGUCAUUUACAACAAGGAGGUUUUGAAAUUACUUAUCUUCCUGUUGGGAAUGAUGGGAUAAUCGAUCUAGAAGGAUUAAGAGCAGCGAUUAGGCCUGAUACAGGACUUGUUUCGAUUAUGGCGGUUAAUAAUGAAAUUGGAGUUAUUCAACCAAUGGAGGAAAUUGGAAAAAUUUGUAAGGAAUUUAAUGUUGCGUUUCACACUGAUGCGGCUCAGGCCUUGGGUAAGAUUCCUAUUGAUGUGGAAAAGAUGAAUGUGAGCUUGAUGUCAUUAAGUGGGCAUAAGAUUUAUGGACCUAAAGGUGUUGGUGCACUUUAUAUGAGGAGAAGACCCAGGGUCAGGGUUCAGGCACAGAUGAACGGUGGAGGACAAGAGAGAGGGAUAAGAAGUGGAACUGUUCCAACACCGUUGGUUGUUGGUAUGGGCGCUGCUUGUGAGGUUGCAAUGAUGGAAAUGGAGUAUGAUGAAAAGAGAAUUUCUGCUUUACAGGAACGUUUGUUAAAUGGAAUUAGAGCCAAGAUUGAUGGCGUUGUGGUCAAUGGAAGUACUGAGAGUAGGUAUGCGGGGAAUAUGAAUUUGUCUUUCGCUUAUGUUGAAGGGGAAAGUUUGCUAAUGGGUUUGAAAGAGGUUGCAGUUUCUAGUGGUAGUGCUUGUACGAGUGCAAGUUUGGAGCCAUCUUAUGUUUUGAGGGCAUUGGGUGUUGAAGAGGAUAUGGCUCACACGUCAAUUAGGUUUGGAAUUGGUAGGUUCACUACAGAAGCUGAGAUUGAUCGAGCUGUGGAGCUUACAGUAAGGCAGGUGGAGAAGUUAAGAGAGAUGAGUCCACUUUAUGAGAUGGUCAAGGAAGGGAUUGAUAUCAAAAGCAUCCAGUGGUCACAGCAUUAAAAUAAUCAGAUGCGUGAUGCAGGAUGUGUAACGUGCCAUAUGUAUGCAGAAUAGGCUUCCAGGUGAAAGAUCUUGAAAAUAAGUGGGACCAUGGUACAAAAAUUGCCUUCCACCCUUGCGUGUUUAGGUAAUAAGUGAAUCGCAGAGCACUCGAGGAAGAUUGAAGUGAUUCAAGUGAAGAAAACAAUCAAAACAAUUUGGUUCUAAUACCAUGGUGUAUAAAAUUUUGGGAACCAUUUUAUCUUUUUUAGAAAUUUACUGUUUCUUUUGUUUUAUUGUCGUGGUUGAUUCUCCAUUAAUACGAUUUGGUGCUCUAUGUCUAACUUAGACUUGCCAGAUAAGGGAAGGAUAGUCUGAUUUAUUUC